AUGCCUAUUACAAGAAGUUCCAAACGACAUAUUGUUAUUCCGAAUGGAAUUAGUGAGGAAGAAAUUAGUUCAUCUGAAUCAGAGGACGAGAUUAAUAUGAUUAAUCGUAUUUCAUUGAACGACUCAACAACGGACGAACAAUCUUCAUCUAGUGAAGAGAGUAACAUUGAAGAAAUCGCACAAAGAGGUCCACCAUCAAAGAAAAAGAAAGUACUUGAUUGGAAAAAGAAAGAUUUUGUCCCUCCAGCAGCAGUAUUUAGUAACACUUUCCCACCACCACCAAUAAAUGAAGAGUUAGAGCCGAUUGAUUAUUUCCAUUCUAUGUUCGGCAAGCAAUCCAUUAAACUUUUGUCAGAGCAAUCGAAUUUAUAUUCAGUUCAAACAAAUCCGAACAAACCUCUUUGUAUCUCAGAAACUGAAAUGGAACAUUUUAUUGGUGUACUAAUCAUGACUGGAAUAUAUUCAUUUCCACAGCAACGUUUCUUUUGGAUGAAUGCCACUCGUGUUGAGUCUAUAUCUUCGGUUAUGAGCCGUGAUCGUUUUUUACAAAUUAAAAAGUGCUUACAUGUUGUUGAUAAUUUCAGUCAACCAAACAAAGAUGAUCCAAAUUUCGAUCGAGCGUAUAAAGUACGACCACUAUUGGAUAUUGUCAAAGCGAAUUUUAGAAUGAUUCCAAAAGAAGAAAAGUUAAGUGUUGACGAGCAAAUAAUUCCCUUCAAAGGACGAAGCAUCAUGAAACAGCAUAUGCCGAAAAAGCCGCAUCGUUGGGGGUAUAAAAUGUUUAUUUUGGCUGGCGGUGAGAGUGGCAUAUGCUAUGACUUCAUUUUUUAUACUGGCAAAGGCGAAAGAUCUGAACAUGGAUUUUGUACCAAUAUUGUACUUGCACUUUGUGAAACAGUACCACGUUCAAUCAAUCAUAAAGUCUAUUGUGAUAAUUUCUAUACAACGAUUAAUUUGCAAGUGGAGUUAUUUAAAUUAGGCAUCUAUGCUGUCGGCACAGUAAGAGCAAACCGGUUACCUGGUUUGGUUAUGAAAAAGGAGAGUGAUUUAUCGACGGAGGGACGUGGUGCUAUGGAACAUCGUGUUACUGUCGUUGAUGGUGUUGAAAUUUGUGUAGUUAAAUGGUAUGACAAUAAUGUUGUUAAUUGUCUCUCGACAUUACAUGGUUGUCAUCCAAUUGAUUUUGUUCAAAGAUGGUCAGCCAGAGAAAAAAAACAUAUACAAGUCACAAGACCAAAUGUUAUACAGGCAUAUAAUCAACAUAUGGGAGGAGUUGAUUUGAUUGAUAUGUUGAUUUCUCUUUAUCGCAUCGAUGUUAGAUCACAAAAGUAUUACAUUAAGAUCAUAUUCCAUCUAAUUGAUUUAUCAGUUGUCAAUGCUUGGCUUCUUUAUCGACGCCAUUGUUCUCAACUUAAUGUUUCGAAAAAGGAUGUAAUGUCUUUAUUAACAUUUCGUAUUAGUGUAGCAGAAUCGUUACUUAAGUCUUGUCCGCCUUCACCAUCAGUGAAACGUGGUCGCCCAUCAUUACAAUCAGUAACAACUAAUGAUAGUCCUCGAGCACCACCUAGAGCUACGCCUACUCCACUUCCACCAAUAAAUACUCGAUUGGAUAAGUUUGAUCAUUGGCCUGUUUCAACAGUGAAAGGUCGAUGUCGAAAUCUUGGUUGCACGGGUCAAACGAGAAUCUCAUGCUCAAAGUGUAAAGUACGACUGUGCUUAAAUGAAACAAACAAUUGUUUCAAAAAUUAUCAUAACUAA